AUGCUCACACUAGCGAACCAGGUCCUGGAGACGAUCUUGGAGACGAUCGUCAGUUCCUUCAAGCACUGCGAGGCCGACGCCCUCACUGGGGCUUGGACCGGCUACUACUUCCUGUCGCUAGAGAGACACGACGUCGGCCAGUUCAAUCUCGAGUUCGGCGAGAAUGGGCUGGUCCGUGGCGAGGGGCUCGACAAAGAAGGUGCUGCGUACACGCUCUCCGGGAAGCUGGAUCGCACACUGCAGGUGAUCAGCUUCGAGAAGAAGUCCGGCGAGGGGCAAGCAGUGCAGUAUCGCGGCAGGCUGGUGGACAGCAACGGGGGCUUCCGAGGGACGUGGUGGAGGGAAGGCGUGGGCGGCGUAUUUCACUUCUGGCCGGCGAGACGGGCUGUCAAGAAGGCAUAUGACAAGUCACCAUCUCAGAGGAGCCAGAAGAGCACGGAGGAGACUGCUCCACCGACUUGCCUCAAUGGCCACGACCUGCAGACCUUGGACAUAAACAGGGACACCCAUUGGCAUUGCCACGGUGCCGAGCUGGAAGGUGGAUGCAAACGUGGCAUUUCUGACCUCUACCAGACCACAGGCAUGCACCACCGCUGCGAGGUCUGCAAGUUCGACCUCUGUGACCGCUGCUUUGAAGCCCGACGCGUUGCUGCUGGCCGUCGGAGAACGCCGAAUCUCAACGCGGACAAACUGGACUUUUGGUACCGUCAACUUCGGGGGGCUCCAUUCAGCUUCGCUGCUGUGCUCCCCGGCCACCCGCAGGUCGUGCUGGCUGCUGUGAAGUUGCAUGGUUACGCCCUGGAGUAUGCCUCCGAAGAGCUCAAAAACGACCGGGAGUUCCUCUUAGAAGCCGUGCGCGAGACCAAAGCUUCGUGGUUGGCCCACUUCGCCUCAGAGAGUCUGCGGGAGGACCCCAGCUUCCGGGCGGAGUGUAGUCAAGCGGCUGGGACCGGCUUGGUGUUUACCUACUACGAGAGCUACGACUGCCUCGACUACAUGCGGACAUGCUUUCCGACGGCAGCUGCUUCUGUGCCAGGUGGCCAAGCGUACGCUGAGGUCAUGGAGAAGAUGAAGGUGCGCGAGGGCAGCACAGCGACCGUCUGGUUUGACCAACAGCUGGUCUUCGGCCACACAGCUGACAGCGGCAAGUGGCUGCACCCGAAUCGCGACUGCGGGAGAGAUAGAGUGCCGGUCCCACCGGCCGAUGGUCGGGAUGCCAAGUGGGCCUCCGUGGUCGAGUCGCGGAACCACCGGCGCAUUCCAGAAGUGGGCGAGCGCUUUCCCUGCUGGUGCUGCCACUGGUUGCGGCUGGUUCGGCAGCGCCACGCGGAGGGCUGCGUGAUCUGCUGCACAGUGUCGAACAUUUUCUCCCACUCUUGGGUGGAGCGAUUUGGCGCUGGAUCUUCGGAGCUCUCGGACGCAGUGGCGGAGGAACUUGGCUUGCCCCCGGAGAGAUUCCAGAACGGACGCCCAGCUAGCUGGGGCGAAGGCCGCAUCCAGGUCUCCGACGGCAAAAGCUUUGAACGCCGGGCUCCCCUGCACCCUCACACGGGGCUCCCGCUGGGAAAUGGCUGUCGGUGGGAGCGGAGCGUGCUGGACCAGCUGGAGUUCCCGGUGUACGUGUUUUUCAUGCCCUGA